ACUGCAGCUUCUCUUCACCCACGACACACCUGGACUACCCCUCCCGUCUACGUUACGCCCCCAAUCGGCGUGCUCCUGGCCCCCUUCCUAAUACCUGGCGGCAGUCCAUAAUGGAGAGCAAUAAGGACGAAGCCCUCAAGUGCCUCGCGAUCGCGCAGAAGCACCGGAACGCAGGCAACUACGCCUCCGCCAAGCGCUUCUGCCAGAAAUCUAUUUCCCUCUUCUCCACCGCAGAGGCCGUAAAGCUCCUCGAGGUCGUCGAAGCCGAGGCGAAGGACGCAGAGUCAUCGGGCGCGUCUGGGUCGCAAGGUGGCGCGAGCGCCAGCUCGUCCGCGGCGGAGACGCACCCGUCGGCCGCGGGCGCACGACAAAGGCAUACAGCGGAUGGCAAGGCGAACGGAGACGCUGCGGGAGGGAGUGCGUCGAAGAAGAGCUAUACCCCGGAGAACCUCGCUGUCGUCAACCGAGUACGGGCCUGCAAGGUGACGGAGUACUAUGAGAUUCUUGAGCUCAAGCGGGACUGCGAGGAGGUAGAAGUGAAAAAGGCCUAUCGCAAGCUCGCUCUGGCGUUGCAUCCGGACAAGAAUGGCGCACCAGGUGCUGAUGAGGCGUUCAAGAUGGUCUCGAAGGCCUUCCAAGUUCUGUCAGAUCCUCAGAAACGAGCGGCGUACGAUCAGCAUGGGUCCGAUCCGGAGUCAAGAUUCAGUGGCAUGUCCUCGUCAGGUCCCUCGUUCGCUCGAGGUGGAUUCGGUGGCGGCGGUGGCCAGGCGUUCGAAAGCGAGAUCAGCCCCGAAGACUUGUUCAACAUGUUCUUCGGUGGUGGUGGUAUGCAAAUGAACGGCGGAUCGUUCGGCGGUGGGCCGUUUGGCGGACCAAUGUUCACUGCGACGUUUGGUCCUGAUGGAUUCCGGACAACCCGUAUGCGUGCGAACCCAAGAAGAAAUGAGCAGCGGCAAGAAGAGCCCCGCUCGAUGUGGAUGCAGCUCAUGCCUCUGUUCCUCCUCUUCGCUUUCUCCCUUCUCAAUGCUCUCCCCAGUCUGUUCAGCACACCACCGACACCCGAUCCUCGCUUCUCUUUCUCUCCCUCUGCGCGAUACAACGUCGAGCGUACGACCGGCGGCCUCAACGUGAAAUACCAUGUCAACGCUGCGGAGUUCUCAGGACAUCCCAUCGCCGCCGAACUAGCACGCAGUGAUAAUCAGCCGGGACCAAAGCUCCGCCAGUUCGAGACCAACAUCGAGCGCGCGUAUACGAACGACUUGUUCGUGCAAUGUCAGCGAGCGAUAGACCACAAGCAGAGGAGGAAAGAGCAGGAGGUCGGUGUCUUUGGGAUUGGUACAGACUGGGAGAAGGUGAAGAAGAUCGAAGCGGAGCCCAUAGAGAGUUGCAAUAGGCUACGGGAGCUGGGUUUGUUGAAGUAGCAGUACCAUGUCAUCAUCACCCCAUGCGCACUGACGGGAUAAGGCACAUAUUGUAUGACUUCUGACACAGGCCCUCAGGAUACACUUUCCAAUCGUGUAUUUAUUCCUUUCUAUGCGUUCUUGUUCUAUUUGAGGUUGGAUAGCAGAUACAUGACGCGCCGGGUCCGGUCCAGAAGGCGGUCGCGACUCGGCAUAGACGCGUGUGAUACCGCAGUGUUUCGCAAUCGCUCAUGGUGGGGACGGUGGCAAGCAAUGAGAUUGCGAAUGGGUUACAUUACUAUCCCAGGUUCAUUGCGACUCCUGCUGCUUGGCGCGCUCAAGCUUAAGGUAGUACUCCUCCUGUUGCUGAACACGCUUGAGAUGUACGCCAUACCAGAAUGCGUAGCCCGCGCUGACACCGAGGCCGAGGGCAGUGGUGAGGUCAAGCCAGAAGCGCUUCCUGAGCUUUCCGGUGAUGGGUGCGAUGGACAUGGUAGUGUUUUGGUGUCGGGGAAGGGACGACGACGACGGCGAGGGCAAAGUCG